AUGAUACCGGCCACGUCAUUGCCUUGCUCACCUCCAACGAUGACACGCGACAGUGGUGCCAUCGCCGACCCUACGCCGGCUCCUGUGCCCCACGACAUCGCUCCUGCCAUUCGGCCCCCGACCAAAGCUUCACCCGAUUUGUCUACGCUGCCGGCUGAGCGAGCCUCCGAGACAGCGCGCGAGCCCUACCCCGUGCCGUCUCCGCUGCCUCUGACCUUGUCAACUGUCGACACACCGCGGCACCUACAAGCCAGCGAGAGCGCCGCAGCACCAGUAGCAGCAGCGACCUUCGUCCCUGCCCUGCACUGCCUGUCCUCUCUUUCUGCCGACUUGCCUUUAGGGCCUUCCGGUGACCGCUCUAACAAGUCGGAGGUUGAAGGCUGUGCACAAUACGUCAGGUGGACUGCCACCACCAUCCCGUGA